GGAAGGAAGAGGAAGAGGGUCUGGGCGAUGGUGCAUCCGGGACGAGCCUCCAGAGACCAAGUGGGAUAGGUAAACCCGCCGCGCAGCUGGCGGGACGCUGGGCCAACGAGGUCUGGGGUCUUGGCGCGGAGUUCAUGGGCCGCCGGCCAGGCUUGUGCCAGUGGCUUUGGAUCCCUGGCCUGCUUCCCUCAACCCAGCCUCCAGACCAGCGCUGGCCUGCUCCACACACUCCGCAGCACCGUCCCGGGAACCGAGCGUCGGCGGGGAGGCCGCCUCUCCGCAGUAGGUCUCGGCGGGCCUGAUCCCUUGGAGGCGCGUGUGUGGCACACGCCCAGGAGGGGCUUGAUUUUUGUUGAUGUAUACCCCAUGUUUCCCCAUCACUCGAGGAGUCUGGGCAGAGACUGGACUACACCGUGGGAGAAUCUGCAAAGGUGUUGCUGGAACAGACAUAUUUCUAGUUGUAUGAGGUGGCCUGGACAUUACUCUCGAGCUCCUUACCCAUACUUCAGUAGUAGGCAUUUUUCACUAAAUUGGAGACCACCCUGUUUGUUUGAGUCUAGAACUCAGUUCCAGUACUGUAACUGGAGACCUGACAACCUGAGCCAGACAUCUUUGAUUCAUCUCUCUAGUUACGUCAUGAACGCUGAGGGAGAUGAGCCUUCAUCAAAACGAAGAAAACACCAAGGUGUUGUGAAUAAGGAAAAUGCUCUUCGUUAAGCCAUAUUUGUGACUUCCGAUAUUUCACUAAUACUUUUCAAUCAAGAAAACAGCAUUGCUAACUUGCCUAUCACUUUAAAGUGGUAUUUGAAGGAUUUGUGUGAUACAAUUAUGACUUUGUAAUUAGGCACCCUAAAAACCUGAUCAGGCCUAUUGCUUACUUUCUUUGAUUCAUCUGUCUUCUCUGCUGUGAUCACCUUGUUCCUCCUGAUAUGGAAGGUGUGAUAAAGCGGAAUUGGGAAUAUAUAUGUAGCCAUGAUAAAGAAAAAACGAAGAUCCUAGGAGACAAAAAUGUUGAUCCCAAAUGUGAAGACAGUGAGAACAAGUUUGACUUUUCAGUGAUGUCCUAUAAUAUACUUUCACAAGAUUUACUGGAAGAUAACUCUCACCUUUAUAGACAUUGCCGGCGGCCAGUAUUACACUGGAGUUUUAGGUUUCCCAAUAUUCUGAAAGAAAUUAAACAUUUUGAUGCAGACGUACUUUGUUUGCAAGAAGUUCAAGAAGAUCAUUAUGGAGCAGAGAUCAGGCCAAGUUUGGAAUCACUGGGUUAUCACUGUGAAUAUAAGAUGCGGACAGGAAGGAAACCUGAUGGCUGUGCUAUUUGCUUCAAACAUUCCAAAUUUUCACUCUUGUCAGUGAACCCAGUGGAAUUCUUCCGCCCUGAUAUUUCUCUGUUGGACAGAGACAAUGUUGGAUUAGUUUUACUCUUACAGCCCAAAAUUCCAUAUGCUGCCUGCCCUGCGAUCUGCGUAGCAAAUACACAUCUGUUGUAUAAUCCAAGGCGAGGUGAUAUUAAGCUGACGCAAUUGGCAAUGCUACUGGCAGAGAUUUCCAGUGUUGCCCACCAGAAAGAUGGCAGCUUCUGCCCUAUUGUUAUGUGUGGUGACUUUAAUUCUGUUCCUGGUUCUCCACUAUAUAGUUUCAUAAAGGAAGGAAAAUUGAAUUAUGAAGGACUUCCCAUAGGAAAGGUAUCUGGCCAGGAACAGUCUUCACGGGGACAAAGAAUUUUAUCUAUUCCAAUUUGGCCCCCAAACCUAGGUAUCUCACAGAACUGUGUGUAUGAGGUACAGCAGGUACCAAAAGUAGAAAAGACAGACAGUGAUCUGACACAAACACAGCUGAAGCAAACAGAGGUCCUAGUGACAGCUGAAAAAUUGUCUUCAAAUUUACAGCACCAUUUCAGUUUGUCAUCUGUUUAUUCACAUUACUUUCCUGACACUGGAAUUCCAGAAGUGACCACCUGUCAUUCCCGAAGUGCCAUAACUGUGGAUUAUAUUUUCUACUCUGCAGAAAAGGAAGAUGUUGCUGGGCACCCAGGAGCUGAAGUUGCUUUGGUUGGUGGCUUGAAACUUCUAGCUAGACUGUCACUUCUUACAGAACAAGACUUAUGGACUGUUAAUGGACUUCCAAACGAAAAUAACUCUUCAGAUCAUCUGCCUUUAUUGGCAAAGUUCAGACUUGAGCUCUGACUCUCUUUGAUCACAUACUAAUUUUCUUUCCAAUUUGUAUUGUUUUUCAAAGAAUGUAAAGUUCUUAAGUGUAUGCAUGUUGUUUAUUUUUGCACUGUGGAGAUUCUGAAGCGGUUAUGUUAGAUGCUUUGAAACUCCAUAUCAGAAGAAAUAACUUUAUAACAAUUUUUUUUAAUAAUGAAAAAUAUUUUCCUGACAAGUGAGCUCUAAAUACUCUUUAUUGUAAAAGAGAUGUAAAGGUUUUAUAUUCUAAAUCCUAGUAAAAUUGACAGUGAUUUUUAAAUAUAAUGCAUCUUCCUUUGUCUGCUUAGUAAAAAAUUUCAUUUCAUAAUUUUGGCAAGCUCUGUAGUGGAUCCAAAGUAUCUUUGAGUUCUUGCAAACUACAAGUUGUUUCCUUUCCAAGAGGCUUGAUUUCAUUAGGAGACCCCUCUAUUGAGUUCUAAAUAGUUUAUCUUAGAAAUCCUUGAGUCAUUCACAGGUAUCCAACCAGCCAUUGUUUAGUUUGUUUUUGAAGGGGUUUGAUAAUGCUUUUUAAGUUGUACAGAAUGCUUAAUCCAUCUUAUUACUGUCCUGAGCCAUGUAAUAUGCCUGCAUUGUGUUGGGGAAAUGUUUGGGAAAUAUAAGCCAGCAUAACGUGUAAAGCUCACUCUUUCACCCUGGAACAGACAAGAGGUGGGCUUAAUAGAGGCAGAGACUGGGGAUAUACCUUUGUUUCCCUAGCAUUUUUAUUUAUUUAUUUUUAUUUUAUUUUAUUUUUUUGAGAUGGAGUUUCACUCUUGUUGCCCAGGCCGGGGGUGCAAUGGCGCGAUCUUUGCUCACUGCAACCCCUGCCUCCCGGGCUCAAGCGAUUCUCCUGCCUCAGCCUCUCGAGUAGCUGGGAUUACAGGCAUGCGUCACCACUCCCAGCUAAUUUUGUAUUUUCAGUAGAGACAGGGUUUCCCCAUGUUGGUUAGGCUGGUCUCGAACUCCCAACCUCAGGUGAUCCGCCCACCUCAGCUCUCAAAGUGCUGGGAUUACAGGCGGGAGCCACUGCACAUGGCAGCAUUUUUUAAAAAUUCAGUUUUAAGAUCUCUGGUUUAGGGGAGAGAUUUUAUUUUACUGAACCAGUUCUAUAGAAAUUUAUUUUAUUAGGAAAUUUGUCUUUGGAACAAAGUGGCAGCUAUAAAAUUAUUUUUGUUAAGCCUCAGAAAUAUGAGGAAGCCUGUAAAACUCUAGUGGGGAGAUAUUAACUUGGAGACCUAAUGCUCUGUAAAUAGUCAUUUAAACUGUUGGUUUUAGUGGUUUUGUUUCUAAAAUGUUUUCUUUUACCGUGAUGCACCAGUAUGAGAUGGUGCUGACACUUUCUAUGAAGUGGUUAUGAGCAGGUUUAAUAAAUCCUCUAUACAAGUGUUUGAAUCAAUUUUAAAACAUAAAAAGUGGAAAUUUCCUUUUUUGUAGACAGUAGGAACAAGGAAUUAUAUGCAUUUUUACUAAGUAGUAAUUUUACACUGAAUUGUAAAUGUUUUUACAGUGAGUUUUAUUAAUAGAAUGCUUCACCUUAAAUUGGAAAACAAUAAUAGUCUUGGGCUAAGUCUUUGUACUAAAGCAUUUGCUAUAAUUAUUUUUAAAAAAACAAACAGAUAAAAACCUCAGAGAAGGCAUGUGGAUUAUAAGAUUUGUCUAGUAAAAAUUGUAAUUGAAUAUGUUUAAAUAUUUAAUUUCUCAUUUUGGGGGGUUUUUAUUUUUUUAUUUUUUAGAUGGCGUCUCACGCUAUCGCCCAGGCUGGAGUGCAGUGGCGCGAACUCGGCUCACUGCAACCUCCGCCUCCUGGGUUCAAGCAAUUCUCCUUCCUCAGCCUCCCAAGUAGCUGGGAUUACAGGCAUGCACCACCAUGCCCAGCUAAUUUUUGUAUUUUUAGUAGAGAUGGAGUUUUGCCAUGUUGGCCAGGCUGGUCUUGAACUCCUGACCUCAGGGGUGAUCCACCCGCCUCAGGCUCCCAAAGUGCUGUGAUUACAGGCAUGAGCCACCAUGCCUGGCCUUUGGGGGGAUUUUAAUUACAGUAUUAAUUAUAGUUCUAGGAUUUCCCACAUUUUAUAGUAGUAGUUUGCAGAAUAUUAUGUGCCCUAAUUAGCAGAUAUAGACAUUAUCAAAUUAUAAUGAUAGUAUAAUUAUCCCUUUUUAAUAUUGGGGAAAGAAAAAUGAAAAUUCAUUAGUUAAUUACUGCUUUGUGUUGUGUGAAUUUAUUAACAAAUAACAUUAUUACAUAUAGGUCAUUGUUAACAAACAAACAUCCCUGAAAACCUCUGUGAAAAUUUAAUUUUUUAUAUCCUGAUUAAUAUAUUGUGACUUUAGGCCCAUUUUUCAUGUGCUUCACUUUGAUAGAGUUAAUCCAUAAAAUUGCUCUUUACUUUAGCUUAUCAAAUGAAGUAUUAUUUUGUGGACUGGAGGCCAAAAAGUCAAUGUGAGCUUCUCACAGGUUUUUAAAGCUCCACUAAAAAUAAUUAUCCACUUGUCUUUACUUUUGUUGACCAGAAUAGUUGGUAACUCUGCCGGAGCCUGUACUUACCUGCCAAAAACAAUUAAAUCUGGUUAAUGCCUGAAACCAAAUCUCUCAGUCUCAAGUGUUAUACUCUCCAAGUUUUAAAUGGAAAGGUAAACUGUGGAGUAAUGAAAUUUUGGUUUUACUGUACCUUUUGCUAUCAAGAUAAUAUUCAUGUUUGAAAUAUUGUCUUUAUUUGGAAUUUAGUUACUGUCUGCUUUUAACCUUUGCUUUCCUAAAGAAAGUUUGAGAUCCAGAGAGUUCAAGGGAUUGGGGAAAGAGAGGCGUCAAGUCAUUUGCACUUUGUACCUGUAAGUUAUGUAAUAAACUAUUAUACUCGUA